AUGAACUAUGUUGAGGAUUUACAGAAACAGAAUGCAAGUCUGAAAGAGUUGAUAGCUGAGAUGAGGUUGCAGAUGGAGUCCCUGGGUCAGGAAGGUCAGAGGGCAGAAGUGAAAUCAUUUAAUGUGGCUGACAGUUUUUCUGUGCACAAGGAGGAGUUGGAAGAGUUAAAGAGAGAGAACAGAGAGUUAAAGGUAAAGCUGAAAUCCUCUAGGAGAGCUGCCACUGGUACAUCACACCUCCCAACAGCCCAGGACAGUGAGGAGAUCCUAUCUCAAGUUGAGGGCAACAUGACUGUGAAACAACACAUCCUUGCUUUAAACAGCACAAUAGGAACUCUUCGCUCUGAAAAAGUAGAACUAGCAGCCACUGUGAAAAAGCAGCAAGCUCGAAUUGCAUUCUUAGAGAACUCACUGGAAGAGACGUCCAAACUGCCUCGUCAGAAGCAGAUCCAGAUAGAUCAGUUAACCUAUGAACUCAGCAGUUGCAGACGUCGCCAGGAAACUGAAGUGGCUGGUCUCAAAAAUAGAGUGAGUGAGUUAGAAUUCCAGCUGACAGAGGCUAGACGAGAAGCAGAUGAGUAUCAUCGGGCCAGUCUGGAGAGAAAUGAGGAACUUGUAGCACUCGGAAAUCAGUUAUCUGCACUGAAGUUGGAGUUUUCUGAAUCCAAUCCAACAAUUAAUUUUGGAGCACAGGAGCUUUACAUCCAGCAGUUGCAGGAUGAACUGGCACAGUUAAGGAAGCGAGCUACAGCCUUUGACAUCUCUGACUUGAAUAACAUCGGAAGUAAGUUUGCCAGCCUGGAUGAUGGCAGUGCCAGUUCUUCAGACGUGAGACAUAAACUCAAGAUGGCAGCUGCUAGAAUCAUUCAGCUGGCGAGAGAGAACCAGCAGCUCACAGAGUCCAACAACAGGCUUCGGGCGCAACUCAAAUCUACAGUCUCAGAGAAGACAGCAUCUGAUGCAGGAGUUCCUUCAAAGUCAGAGAUGUUUGUGAGGGACAAGCAAAGGUCUGAUGGAACUACAGAGAAAGCUGAUGAUUCAAAGACUGCAGUAACACAAGACAGACUUGAGCAGCUGGAGAAGCUGCAGUACCAACUUACUAGACAGGAGCUCAAGUUUGCUCAGAGAGUCCAGACAAGGACCAGAGGAGUUUCCUUGCAACCUGCGGACAGUUUGCCUGAUGAUGUGCCUGAGAGAGACACUUCAGGGUCUAGUAUGAGAUACAGACGGCCAGCCACCGGUGUCCAGCCAGGAGAUGUGGGUGUUGGCAUCAGUGCCCAGUCCACAUUCAACAACCAAGAUUCAGAAAUGAUGGUCAGUUUUUCUUCAGGGGGAGGUGACUCUAUCCAGCAAGUUUGGCAGAUGCUAGAGUCAAGUUCCAGCAUCGGCCCAUCUUCUCCAAGAUCAGCUCGCAGCAUUUUGCCAGGCCAGCGGAAACCAUCAGAUGGAGGUGAUCAUUUUUAUCUUCAAGGUCAGUCUGCUCCAGCAGAAGCCAGAUCCAGAAAAGAGCAGAGUUUACACAAAUCUGGCAUAGACUACCCUGAGAAGUUGAAGAAACAAGUCAAACCCAAGCCAAAAAUUCGCAAUUAUAACUUCAGGGAUGACUCUAGUAGAAGGUAG